AUGAGGCAAGAUGUAAAUGAUAAUUUUUCGUUGAAUGUUAGUCUUUCAAAGAUGAAAAGGAUCAAGAGGCUCGUGUUAGAGAAAUUGAAGGGUAGCUACAUUGAUGAAUUCAAUAAGUUGGAAGUUUAUGCUCAAGAAUUGGGGGAUAGCAACCCUGGUACUGAUGCGAUCAUAAAUAUAUCUAAAGAAGCUUUGGAACAAGGAAAGGAAAGAUUCUUAAGAAUGUAUGUAUGUAUUCAAGAUUUGAAAAAUAGUUGGAAAGGAGGUUUGAGGCCAUUUAUAGGGUUGGAUGAGUUGACAGAUGGUGAAGGAGUGACAUUUAUGUCUGAUAUGCAAAAGGGGUUGAUGGAUGUUGUUACUCAAGUCUUUUCCAAGGCACAUUAUAGAUGGUGUGUAAAUGAAGAAAUUACUAUGGUGUAUCCUGCACAACGCUGGUGCAGAGCAUAUUUUGACACAAUCUGCAAGAAUCAAGGAUGUGAUAACAAUUUUACAGAGUCAUUCAAUAAAUGGAUUCUGAAGGCAAGGGCACAACCUAUAAUCAAGAUGUUCAAAAAUAUUAGAAUUAAGUCUAAUGGAGACCAAGGUUAUGAGGUGGUUGAGGGUGAAGAUCGACAUGUUGUGAAUCGUGCUAGGAAGAAGUGUACAUGUAGAACGUGGGACUUGACAGGUAUUCCAUGUCCUCAUGCUAUUAAAGCCUAUCUUCAUGACCAAAAAGAACCAAAAAUUUAUUUGCACCCGUGUUAUUCAGAAGAAACUUAUAAUUUGGUGUAUAUGCAUAAAAUACAACCUGUUAGAGGUGAGAAAUUCUGGAAAAUUGAUCCUUCUCAUGCUAUGGAGCCACCAGAAAUAGUUAAAAUGAUAAGUAGACCAAAGCUUAAGAGGAAAAGAGAAAAGGCUGACGCAAGGAAGAGGGAGGGGGUGUGGUCAGCUUCAAGUAAAGAACUGAAACUGACAUGUGGGCAUUGUGGUGAAACUGGUCACAAUCAAACAAGAUGUCCUUUGCUUCAAAGAUUAGCACAAACAGCUCAAGAUGUGCCUGUUGCAGCACCCCUAGCGAGUCAAGAAUCUGUUGGAGGCUUCAUGCCUACUUCUGAUUUUAUUGCUGCUUCCAGUCAACUGACAAGCCUCUAUGCUGGAUCUUCAAAUUCAACGACAAAUGUCAAGGAAUCUGUUGAAACUUCAAGGUCCAAGGAAAAUUUCAACCAAUCCAAGUAA